CUUGGUAUCACAGAUGCGUAGUUUCUUAGAUGUAUCUCGGUGACUUGCGUGAAACAUCAAGAUAAUUGACUUAUUAGACACAUACGUCGUUAAAUUUUUGUUUGAGAUUGGUAAAAUGGACAAAAUAUUUUUUACAAUAAAUGGAGACAAGAUAGCUGUAUCGGGAUCAGAAGUGACACCAGACACGUCACUGAAUGAUUACAUCCGGAACUACCUGAACCUACAUGGCACAAAGGCCAUGUGCCAUGAGGGUGGCUGCGGGGCCUGUGUCGUCUCCGUCUCGCAAACACACCCCACCACUGGGGAGAAACAUGUGUUUGCUGCUAACUCGUGUCUGGUCCACGUGUUAUCUUGCCACGACUGGGACAUCACCACAGUCGAGGGGGCAGGGAACCGGAAGGAUGGCUACCACCCCAUCCAGAAACGACUCGCUACGUUCAACGGCACGCAGUGCGGGUACUGCACGCCAGGAUGGGUCAUGAAUAUGUACAGCCUGUAUGAGAGCUCGCAUAAGCGACUAACCAUGCAACAAGUGGAAAAGUCUUUCGGAGGCAACAUGUGUCGUUGUACAGGCUACCGGCCUAUUCUCGACGCCUUCAAAAGCUUCGCCACUGACGCUGAUGACAGGCUAAAGAAGAAAGUACAGGACAUGGAAGACCUAGAUAAAAUAAAAUGCCUUAACAAGUGUGAGAAGAAAUGUAACAGUGAAGAAGAUUGGUGUUUGAUAGAAAACAAGCCCGAAGUAUUAUUACAAUUGGGGAUGAAUGUGAAUCGGUGGUACAAGGCAUAUAAUAUCAAGGAUGUGUUUAAGGUGCUUAGCAGAGAAGGGACUGAUAGUUACCGUCUCAUUGCCGGAAAUACAGGAAAAGGCGUGUAUCCAAUAACAGCAGACGCCCGAAUCCUCAUCGACAUAUCCUCAAUCACCGCUCUAAAGGAGUCAUACAAAGACAUGAACCUGGUAAUAGGCGCUGGCAUGCCGAUGACGGAAGUAAUGGCCACCUGCACUCUCCGGUCUAAUGAGAGUGACUUCCGGUAUCUGAAGUACUUCUAUGAUCAUCUGGACCUUGUUGCGCAUGUGCCUGUUAGAAAUAUUGGCACUAUUGGUGGCAACUUGGCAUUGAAGGCGGCGCAUCACGCAUUCCCUUCAGACGUGUUCCUGCUUCUCGAAACCGUGGAGGCUAGCGUCACUAUAGUUAACAGCAAGUUGGAAAAAACCGUUGUGAAAAUGCAAGAUUUUCUAAGCUUGGAUCUGAAGGACAAGUUGAUUUUGAAUGUGAAACUGCCGCCGCUUUCAGAGAACAACCACAUUAGAACUUACAAGAUAAUGCCUCGCGCCCAAAACGCGCACGCCAUCGUAAACGCCGGCUUCCUCUUCAGACUAACCUCCAACGCCAUCACCAAAUGCACCCUGGUCUUUGGCAACAUAUCUCCAGACUUCAUAAGGGCUAGUAAGACGGAGAAGGCGCUUAUUGGGGUCAAUUUAGAAGAUGUCUUGAAGAAAGGAGUACCGCUGCUGGUUGACGAGUUGGUACCGGUGGAAGAUCCCCCUGAACCGUCGGCGGAAUGUAGGAAGAGUAUCGCCGUGGGCCUGUUCUAUAAGGCCCUCCUCUCAAUAGCACCAGAAGCAUCAGUGAACCCUCGAUACGCCAGCGGUGGAAAACCUUUACUACGACCAGUAUCGCGCGGAACACAGACCUUUGACACGGACAAGUCGCUCUGGCCACUCAACCAGCCCGUGCCGAAGCUGGAGGCCCUCGCACAGUGCUCGGGGGAAGCGAAAUACACAUGUGACGUGAACACAUCCCCAAGAGAAGUGCAUGUUGCUUUCGUCCUCUCUACUAUCUGCGUGGGGGAGAUCGAUAAAAUCGACGCUAGCGAAGCCCUGAAACUUCCAGGCGUAGUAUCAUUCUUCACCGCCAAAGAUAUUCCCGGAAAGAAUUCCUUCACGCCAUCCGACGUUCCGUGGCAGGAAUCGGACGAAGAAAUCCUGGCGAGUUCUAAAGUGUCCUACUACGGGCAGCCUAUAGGACUCAUAGCGGCAGUCAGUCAUAAGCUGGCCUUGAAAGCUGCGGGUUUAGUUCGAGUUCAGUACAAAAAUGAAAAGACCCCAGUGCUUAGCAUUGAAGACGCUUUGAAGGCUCAAGAUAAGGACAGACGGGUCAGAGAAGACAUAUCAGUGAAACCGACAAACAAAGGAGUGGAUACCACCCAAGUGAUCAAAGGCAGCUUUUCCGUCCCGUCCCAGUACCACUACACUAUGGAAACACAAUGUUGCACCGUUACUAAUAUCGAAAACGGUCUGGUAGUGCGUUCCUCUACGCAGUGGAUGGAUUUGGUACAAGUUGCUGUCAGCCAGGCGCUUAAUAUUCAGGAAAACCAGGUGGAAGUGCAGGUGCCCCGGGUGGGCGGAGCUUACGGCGGCAAAGCGUCUCGCUCGGCGAUGUUCGCGUGCGCGUGCGCGCUCGUGGCUCGCGCGCUGAGCAGGACGGCGACACUCGCCGUCCCGCUCACCGACAACAUGCAGAUUGUGGGGAAGAGGCAGCCGUGUAGAGCGGACUAUGAGAUAGGCAUAAACUCCGAAGGCGUAAUCCAGUACCUGGACAUGAAGUACUACUCCGAAUGCGGAUACUCGUUCAACGACAGUUCGGGCGGCGACAUAGUCGGCGUGCUGACCAACUUGUAUGAGACCAGCCGCUGGGGCGUCACCGGGCACAGCGUGCUGACUGACAAGCAUUCUAACACCUGGUGUCGCGCUCCCGGGACAACGGAAGGCAUAGCAAUACUCGAGCACAUAAUGCACAGAAUCGCGCACGCCACAAAAAAGGACCCUAGCGCCAUAAAAAUACAGCACUUAUUACCCAAACACGAAUCCGUGAAAGACUUACUUCUAUCGUUCAAAACUGACAUUAAAUACGACGAACGGAAAGCCGAAAUAGAGAAGUAUAAUGCUGAAAACGCUUGGAAAAAGCGAGCUUUAGAUAUAUCUAUCAUGUCAUAUCCUAUUGGGUAUUCGUGGAACUUUCCUGUGAGUAUUUCCGUGUACCACGCGGAUGGGACGGUGGGGAUAUCGCACGGCGGGAUAGAAAUGGGACAGGGAAUCAACACUAAAGUGGCGCAAGUGUGUGCGUACACUUUGAAGGUGCCGCUUGAUAAGAUAUCAGUCCGUGGUAGCGACACUUUCACCUCUCCCAACGCCAUGGCCAGCAACGGUAGCAUAACGAGCGAGUGUGUCGCCUUCGCGACUAUAAAAGCUUGCAAUGAUCUGACGGCUCGCAUGGAGCCAGCAAGGGCAGAGCUGGCCGAACCAACGUGGGAGGAAGUAGUCAAGCGAGCCUACAAGAAAGGUAUCAGCCUCCAAGCGAGCGCCAUGACGUCGGACAACGACGCGCUCGUCGGCUACAGCGUGUACGGCGCGUGCGCCGUGGAAGUAGAACUCGACGUGCUGACGGGAAAUCACGUCAUCGCACGGUCUGACUUGCUAGAGGAUACGGGGGUUAGCAUGAGCCCAGAGAUUGACGUAGGACAGAUCGAAGGCGCAUUCAUAAUGGGCCUCGGUCUGUGGACGAGCGAGCACCUGGCACACGCCGCAUCGGGCCGGCUGCUGACGGCGCGCACGUGGACGUAUAAGCCGCCCGGCGCGCGCGACGUGCCUACUGACUGCCGCGUCAGCUUCAAGAGGAACGCCGCCAACAACGCCGGCGUGCUGCGAUCCAAAGCAACUGGCGAGCCUGCGCUGACGCUAGCCGUGGUCGUUACUCACUCGCUGCGCAGCGCCAUUGCCGAGGCCAGGAAAGAGUACGGCUAUGCUGAUACCAAGUGGAUCGAUGUUGAUACGCCGUUCAGCGUGGAGAAUAUACUGAAAGCAAUUUCUCCUAAACCAGAAGUUUACAAGCUGAAAUAGUUGAAUCUUACCUCAAUACUUCCAUAGACAAGACUCAAAUAGCAUCACAGUUAGAAUUACAAUAG